UUAGCAGUUAAAUCAAAUUUUCAAAUGAAAACUGAGCAACGUAUGAGCAACAAUUCCAGCUGAGCACAUGCAUUUUUACAUUUCAUUUAUAAACAAAUGUUUUCUUGGCGGCAUUUAGUCUAAAAUAAAUUAUUUAAUCUCAUUCUUAAGAAAGGACAGGCUGCUAUGAAUGAUCAUACGAUGCAUAAGCCUUUAAUUAAAAUUAAAGGACGCGGUUCAACAUCAUGUUUGAUUUGCCAAAAAAAUGAACAAGGACUGGAGCAUAACAGAAAAAUAGUCUUUGGAACUAAACUUCUUUUUAAUACUAACAUGUUUAACAUCAUGCUUUUGAGUUCGAAUGUGUGCAUGAAUUGUGUCGGUCGUUUACAUCAACUUUUUGAUUUCAACUUAAUCAAAGCAAAAAUUGAUGAAUCAAAAAAGGAAUUUGGAUUGACCAGUGAAUGUGAUUGCUGUGAGUUUUGCGAUGGGAAAAAUCAACUGUUACCCGAAAAGUACACAAGCAAGAUCUGGAAAGUUAUUGCAUUUACAAAAUGGUCGCAGGAUUACAAUCAAGAUCGCGCAGUUCCCUGUUGUUACUCAUGUUACAAUUUUCUUCUUCUUUACAAAGAAUAUAAGGAAAUUUUAGAAACACAACGUAUUGAAUUCUACAAUAAACUUUACAGUUGGACUGUUAAUUUAACAAGAUUAAGUGAAGAAGAAAUUUCAAAAUAUUCAAGAGAAGACGAUAUUGUUGUUGAAGAAGAAGAAAUUCAAUCAACAUCGCAAAAAGAACAUGAUGUGGAAAAUGUUGAAAACAUUAUCCUGGAUAAAAGUGUGGAUGAAGAAGCUUCGCAGUCCUUGAAGACAAUUACUAAUCCGACACAAAAGAAAGUAGUAAGAAAAAAACCAAGACGAGGUGAUCUUACAAUAUCUGAUUUUAAUGGAAAUACAAUGAAUGAAAUUGACAAAUUUUCGGCUAUUAAAAUUCGUCGCUCCAAAACAAGACCUUCGCCAGAAACUGAAGAAAAAUCAACUCGAAAAAAAUUAAACGAGAGCAAUUCAGAAACAUGUGAUUCAGUGCCAAUACCUGAAGUUAAAAACACUUCUUCAGAGCAAGUGAAUGCCUCAGAUUUGCCUCAAAAGAUUCUCAAAAACAAAACAAGACCUUCGCCAGAAACUAGAGAAAAAUCAACUCGAAAAAAAUUAAACGAGAGCUAUUCAGAGACAUAUGAUUCAGUGCCAAUACCUGAAGUUAAAAACACUUUUUCAGAGCAAGUGACUGCCAUUGAUUUGCCUCAAAAGAUUCUCAAAAAUAAAUCUACAAAGAAACCUCAUUCCAAAAAAUUGAAGAUUGAUGAAGAAAAUGAAAUAAUCCCGCAAGUAAAUGAGAGCUUGGAAAAUGUUUUAAAUAAUUCUGAGGAAAUAAUGUCUGAAAUAGCAGAAAACGAAAGCUUGGAAAAUGUUUCAAAUUAUUCUGAUGAAAUAAUGCCUGAAAUUGAAGAAAAUGAAAAUAAAAACAAAGAAGAUGAGCCAAUUGAAAAAGAAAUUUGUAACGUAAGCAACUCUCAAGAAGUUGCAAUCAACAAUAUGCAUGACAGUACUGAAUUAAAUGUAAAUACUGAUGCUGAUACGAACAAUAUCAACAUAAUUAAUGAUCUCUCUUUAUAUGAAUUAUUUAAUUUAAAAAAAUGUUUUGUUUCACUUGAACGAAUGAACGCGGAAGAUUGUUCAACUGAAGAUUCUCAAGUGAGAAAAAGAAAGCAAAAAUUCGUUGUGAGACUUUGCGGCAAUGCUCAGAAAUCAAAAAUCAAGAAACUCAAAAAGGGAAAAACAAAAUUCAAAACGAAGAAAAAGAAAAAUCUUCCUCAAAGUGACACAAUUGCAAGUGAUGAGGUUGCUUCAGAAAUCUCAAAUAAGAUGGAAGGAAAUUUGAAAUUUAAAGUAAAAAAAUCUUACAAGAAACGUGUUGCUAAAUCAGAGAAUCAGAUUUCUAAGCAAAAGGCUAAAAAAGAACAAAAACAGAUGAAGAAAUCAAAAAUCAAUUUCAAAAAUGUUACCAAUGAAGUUGUGAAUGAGAAUGAAGAAUUAACUAAAGAUGUAAUUAUUGAAAAUAGCAUUCCGGAUUCUCUGAUAAAUCAUGAAGAAGCUUCCUCACAGACAAAUACUCAAGAAUCUCCUAAACUUAACCGAACAAGAAAUAAACAAAUAUCAUUCAAAGAAAUUUUAAAAAGUCCAUUUAAACGCAGCACAAAAUUGACAAAAAAACGAAAAUAUACACAAAAAGUUAGAUUUGUCGAUAACGUUUCUGAAGAUGUUGCAUUGGAUGUUCUGACAGAUGAAGGAACAUCAAAAGCAGAGGUAAAUGUCGUCGACUUGACACCAGAACAAAGCAUAGAUGAAGAAAAUGUUAAUCUCAUAAUUCCCGAAGAAUUUGAUGAACUUGACGAACUUGAUCUGGAAGAAUUUUAUGUUGAUUGCACUGAUCCAUCACGUAUUGAAGUUUUAAAGCCAAAUGCAGAAAUAGUCACAAGAAACGAACAAUUUAACAGUUCAUCAUGCUCCUCACAAUUGACAGCAGCAGUGAAAGCAGUACCCAAACUUUUGAGUGAAAAAUUGAUUAAAUUUGAUAGCUUAUGCGUUGGUCCUUCAAGUCUUCAACAAAUUAAAAUUCCGAAGCCAUCAUUCAGAAGUGUUCAGAAAUUUGACAUUCUUGACGACGAAUUUGAUCUUGUUCGGAAGGUCAAAAGACGAAAAACACAAAGAAAGCCCAAGACAAAGCCGAAGGCAAAAUCUAAGCCAACAGAAAUGAUUGAAAUGGAGUUUCUUUCACCUAAAUUUAAGACUAAAGAAUAAUCCAAACUUAUGAUAAAAGUGAAAUAAGAGGUUGUAAAGAAGAAACCAACAAUUGAACUCAUCAACUGACUUUUCAAGUGUCAUUAAUUAAAUGAUAUAAGCGAAUUACCUACUUUUAUGAAACGGAAGAAAGACGAGAAAUUAGUUUUUUUACCGGAUUAUUAUUAAUUACUGAAUGCUUGACUGAAUGCUCUGUUUAU